CGGCGCAUCCCGCGCUGCGCACCGCCGCUGACAUGUGUGCCGCCCAGAUGCCGCCCCUGGCGCACAUCUUCCGAGGGACGUUCGUCCACUCCACCUGGACCUGCCCCAUGGAAGUGCUGCGGGAUCACCUCCUCGGCGUGAGCGACGGCGGCAAAAUAGUGUUUUUAGAAGAAGCAUCCCAACAAGAAAAGCUGGCCAAAGAAUGGGGCUUCAAGCCAUGUGAAGUAAGAGAACUCAGCCACCAUGAGUUCUUCAUACCUGGGCUGGUUGAUACGCACAUCCAUGCCCCUCAGUAUUAUUUUGCUGGGAGUAAUGUAGACUUGCCACUUUUGGAGUGGCUGACCAAGUACACCUUUCCCACAGAACACAGAUUCCGGAGCAUCGACUUUGCUGAAGAAGUAUAUACCAGAGUUGUCAGGCGAACACUAAAGAAUGGAACAACCACCGCUUGUUACUUUGGAACAAUUCACACUGACUCAUCUCUGCUCCUUGCAGAAAUUACAGAUAAAUUUGGGCAGCGGGCGUUUGUGGGCAAAGUCUGCAUGGAUUUGAAUGACGCUGUUCCAGAGUACAAGGAAACCACAGAGGAAUCAAUCAAGGAAACAGAGAGAUUCGUGUCAGAAAUGCUCCAAAGGAAUUAUUCUAGAGUGAAGCCCAUAGUGACACCACGUUUUUCCCUUUCCUGCUCUGAGACUCUGAUGAGUGAACUUGGAAACAUCGCGAAGACCCAUGAUUUGCACAUUCAGAGCCAUAUAAGUGAAAAUCGUGAUGAAAUGGAAGCUGUGAAAAACUUAUAUCCCAGUUAUAAAAACUACACAGAUGUGUAUGACAAAAACAAUCUUCUGACAAAUAAGACAGUGAUGGCACAUGGCUGUUACCUUUCCGCAGAAGAACUGGAUGUAUUCAGAGAACGAGGAGCAUCGAUCUCACAUUGUCCCAAUUCUAAUUUAUCGAUCAGCAGUGGCUUUCUCAAUGUGUUGGAAGUCCUGGACCAUGAUGUGAAAAUAGGGCUGGGUACAGAUGUGGCUGGUGGUUAUUCAUCUUCCAUGCUAGAUGCAAUCAGAAGAGCAGUGAUGGUUUCCAAUAUCCUUUCAAUUAAUAACAUAAAUGCGAAAAGCCUCACCCUCAAGGAUGUUUUCAGACUAGCCACUCUCGGAGGCAGCCAAGCCCUGGGGCUGGAUAAAGAGAUCGGAAACUUUGAAGUGGGCAAGGAAUUUGAUGCCCUCCUGAUCAACCCAAAAGCAUCUGACUCUCCCAUUGACCUGUUUUGUGGAGAUUUUGUUGGUGAUAUUUCUGAUGCUGUUAUCCAGAAGUUCCUCUAUCUAGGGGAUGACCGAAACAUUGAGGAGGUUUAUGUGGGCGGAAAGCAGGUGGUUCCUUUUUCAAGCUCGGUGUAAGACCCUCGGCAUCUGCCAGUUCUCCUGGGAUAACGUGCUUCUGCGUCUCCCUUGUGCCCAGGCGGGGUUAGAAAGUCGAAACACAGCACCUUGUUCUUGGGUGACUAUCUCUUUCUGUAUCUAGUUACAGCAUUCACUUGACAAAUCGUUUGAAGGAAGUUGCACUAAUUUUCAACUUUCUGCUUGGGAGGAUUCAAAAUUUCUCCCUUUUGAGCUGUUCAGAUUUACUUUAAGCUCAGACAUAAGGGAAUGUUAUUCCUGGUGAUAUUCUUAUUAUGAGAUUUAAGUAAAAUUGAUUUCAUAUUUGGAAAUGUGGAGAGAAAAGACAUUCCUAUAAAGUUGGAUAUUUUAAGCCAAUAAAUAUGAGAAUCAGAAAACGGAAAAUGAACUAGUAAGUAUAUUUUAAUGAGGGAGAAAAAGUUAGACUAUGAGCAAACUUUGGGAGAUCACUUCAGAUUGUGUUUGAAAAUUAUGUACUGAGCAUACUAAUUUAAAAAGAGAACUUGUUGAAUUUUAAAACGUGUUUCUAGAUUGACUUUGUUUUCUGGAAAUUUGCGUUUAAUGGAAUUUGCAUUUCAGAGACUUGUUAUUGUUGUGCUUUGCCUUCUUUGGGGAUGAAAUGUCAGAAAUUGAAUGCCACGUGCUUUCUUAAUAUAGUUCUGUGCUUCAACAUGUUUGACAGAAGUUGGGUAUUAAAGGUUUAAAGUCUCUUAGGAAUAUUAUUCACAUAACUACAUGGCAUAAAUAGUUAUAUUUCUGUGUACUUUAAAAUCACCUUAAUGUAUAA